GACAGCUGAUAGUCGAACCGGCUCGCCAGUUCUAUGUUACGAGCAUCGGCGGUCGGUUGUUGUAUCAUACGCGUGAGUAGUUUGUAAGUGAACCGUUUUCAAAGGUACAUUCGGAGUGCGGUUUGUGGUUCAUCAUAUACCAUUUGUUUAUGCUGAAGUUCAAAGCUCCCUGGAUCAAUUAACUUUCAUCAAUAGGAUCCCGAUUUGCGCUGGAAAAAGGUGGAAGCGUUAUCCGAGUCCAUUCUUCAACUGGAGUCCAGUUCGUCUGGUGAAAAAUCAACUGCAGCAUGAAGCUCAUUAUGAUAGUAACCUCUCUUCUGCUAGUUCUACUGAAAGUAAGUAACACCAAAGUGCUGAUUUCAGCAAUUGAUUCACUCAACGGUAGGCCAACGUUCGAUGAAUACCAACAGCUACGCAAAAGUUUGAUUGAGGAGGAAACGAAUAAAUUCCUAGGUGCCGACCUAGUGCUGAACGAAGAUGAGACAGCCGUCAAUGAAUAUCUGAUGACGCUGAAGAAGGCGGAACUUGAACAAGGUUUCAAUAACAGUUAUACCUUCAUUCCGGCACGACACUUCUUCGAAAUGCUGGAUCGUUUCAAAGAGUCGCGACUGUUUCAUCUGAUCCAACGGCUUCCCAAGGGGGGAGUACUUCAUGCUCACGAUACUGCCAUCGGCAGUACCGAUCUAGUUAUUAAGGCUACCUAUCAACCAAAUCUUUGGCAAAAGGGUGAGUUUGAUACGAAAGAAGAUCCCCAAUUUUUGUUUUCGAAUGAGAAACCGGGUGAAGAUGACUGGGAACCAGUUGAGAAUAUUCGUCAAAAUUUGACUCCGUCUGUAUACGAUGAAAAAAUCCGGAAACUUUUUGGUUUAUACACAGAAAAUCCUAUCAAUACCUACAAGACACUUGACGAUGUUUGGAACAAAUUCCAGCAUAUAUUCGGUGUACUUACUCCGAUCAUUACAUACGAACCAGUCUGGCGUCAGUAUUAUUAUGCCUCUCUUCAGCAAUUAUAUGAUGAUAAUGUGCACUAUUUGGAGCUUCGCGGUGUCUUACCGGACGUGUACGAUUUAUCCGGGAAAAUUUACUCACCAGACGAAAUCGUUCAAAUUUAUAUUGAUGAAACAGAGAAGUUUAAAAAGUCACAUCCUCUAUUUCUGGGAGCCAAGUUUAUAUAUGCUCCCAGCCGGUUCGCAGACGAUACUGAAUUUCAAACCUUCACGGAAACAGCAAAGAGAUUACAUGAAAACUUUCCCGAUUUCGUCGCUGGUUUUGAUCUAGUCGGACAGGAAGACACCGGCCGGCCGUUAAUUAGUUUUGUACCUGAGCUGCUGAAGCUCCCGGAUUCGAUGAAAUUCUUUUUCCACGCCGGGGAGACCAACUGGAAUGGGCUGAGUACAGAUGAGAAUCUCAUUGAUGCCAUCCUAUUGGGAACAAAACGAAUCGGUCACGGAUUUGCAAUUCUCAAACAUCCGAAACUGCUGAAUGAAGUCAAGGAACAGAAUAUAUGCCUGGAAAUUAAUCCAGUGUCCAACCAGGUUCUCAAGCUCGUCGAUGAUUACCGCAACCAUCCGGCGGCCGUGUUCUUUUCCGACAAUUAUCCAGUUGUGGUUUCGUCAGAUGAUCCCUCCUUUUGGCGUGCCGCCCCGCUGAGUCACGAUUUUUACAUGGCCUUUGUGGGCAUCUCCUCUGCCCAUCAUGAUCUACGACUGCUGAAGCAAUUAGCCAUCAACUCGUUGGAUUACAGUGCCAUGGAUGAAAGCGAGAGAAAUGAGGCAAAAUCCCGCUGGGAAGAAUCAUGGCACAGUGCGAUGAAGGAGAUAAUAAGGGAUGUAGUCAAAUCGUCUUAGCCGUUAAAAUUGUCUAGUUAAUUCAAUUAAGCUCGAGCUUUUUUGCAUAUUCUUCCUCAUUUAUUCCAUUCUCCAUACUAAAUGUAUGCAGUUAAAGAACAUUAAAAUGAAACCUAAAAAAUCCAUCACAACAAAUUUUCAGGUUCUAUCCUAGAGUUUUUCCAUUUUAAUUUGCAGUCUGACAUCAUUUACUUGACUGAAAACUUAAUACCAAAUAAGAAUCAAUGAUACUAAUUAUUUAUCAUGAUAGCAAAAAAUAUUAAAAAUAUAUUAUUGCCCGCUCAAAUAUUUAAAAUAAAUAAAACAUACGCUUCUCUGAUUCAUUUUUAGAUAGAAAUGAACAUCGAAUAAUGGUUGACUAUAAUAAAUCAUUGCUAAAAUAGUAGCAUGUUGAAGAAACAGCCAACCACUAAUUUGUGUCUGAACUUGAGGAGAAAGUUUGUAUGAUACAUUUUCAAUUUG